AUGGAUGGUUCUUUGGCUGUUAAGUGCACUCAUACUGGACAAAGUUUCAUGUUUUGUAUUAAUCAAUAUAUGAGCUAUGCUCAUUUGUUAGAAUACAUUUGUGAACGGUUCAGUUUUUCUGCAACUGAUGGUAUUGAGCUUCAUUAUUCCCUUCCUGGAUGUUCUAUAUUUUUUCUUCGCAAUGAUGACGAUUUCCAGAUGCUGUUUAGCGGUGCCAAGAUUUACAAGUUGGAUUGUGUUGAUAUUACAGUGUUGAAGAACAAUGGAAGUUGCAGCAAAAAUGCUUCUGUUUCAUUUGAAGAUAGCUGCUCCGGUAUUGUGGAUGAAGAUGAUUACCUCACUGAGGCAUUUAGGACUGAAGUUCAAAAGUGUUACUUGUCGAAUGAGUGGGCUAGUUACAUUCAAUGUGUAGGGCAGAAAUUUCGUGGCGGUUCCCCCGAGUUCCGAGAGAAGCUUAGAAAAUAUGCUGUUGAAGUUGGGUUCAGCUUUGUGUUUAUUAGAAACGAUUGGGAUAGAAUUCAUGCGGUUUGUUCCAAUUGGGGAACCGAAGGAUGUGAUUGGAAUGUCCGUGGUUAUGUAUCCCCUGCAAAUGGAUGCUUUAUAAUUGGUGAUUUGAACAAUGUGCACUCUUGCAAAGGUGUUCUUCGGAAGCAAAAACAUGAGCUUUUGGGAUCAAAAAUUGUCAAGACAUGUAUUGAAGAGGACAUUAGCUAUAACUUAUCAUUGAAGUCAAGGGAAAUUAUCAGCAAGUUCAAGUCAGCUUAUGGGUUUGAUAUAUCGUACAAGGUUGCUUGGAAAGCAAAGCAGAAGGCUAGGGAAAUGAUUUAUGGUUCUGAGGCUGAUUCGUUUAACAAGUUAACAUGGUAUAGGGAUGCUGUAUUUGAGACUAACCCGGGAUCUUCGUUUGUUUUGGAAGUUGAUCCAUCGAGCAAUCGGUUUCAGAGGCUUUUCCUAGCUUAUGCAGGCUGUGUUAAAGGCUUUGAAUUCUGUCUUCCCGUCUUGUUUGUCGAUGAGACUUUUGGGAAGAGUGUCUACAAGGGGCAGAUACUUUGUGCAACUGGAAAGAAUGGAAAUCAUGGUUUCUUUCCUCUUGCAAUGUGUGUCUGCGAUUCUGAGACUGAUGCUAUUGGUCCUUUUUCUUCCAACACUUGA